GGUUUUGUUUCCAAAAUGUGGCGGAAAACCACUUUCGCGGUAAAAUCAACUUCCCAAAUCUCAAUUCCACUUCUGGACUUCUCUUCCUUACCAUCAUUCCGUUUGGUUCCCGAGAAAACAGAGGAAAGCGAAAGAAAAGGAAAUCAAGAUUCCGAUCAGAGCAUUUCCGAAGAUGAAGAUUUGGCUCAUGGCUGUUCAGAAAAUUGCAUUGCAUUAGGCGGAACUACAGAAAGGAAGGGAGGACUACAAAUUCAAUCACAGCUUGGGGUAUUCAGAGAUACUCAUGAACGUGAUCACGGAACAACGACGGCUAUUUUAUUUAACCAGAGGCAAACAUGUUUCUCCAGCGAAGAUGAGGUUGAAAUUCCUGUCUUCCAUGACAAGGGUGACUUCAUCAGUUCUCCAAUGAUGGCAUCUACGUGCAACUUAGGUGAAGAAAUUAUCUCUGAUGAUGAGAAAAUAGGUCAUGGUAUCCCGGGAAGCGAAAAGCAGGGUGGGGAAUGCACAUGGUCUGCAGUAACUAAAGAAGCUGAGGCCCUAGUUCAUUUAAUUGAAAAUGCUAGGUCUUCCUCAUUGCAUGCAGUCACUUCCAAUGUGAACAGACCCUGUAAAGGUGCUAGAGGCAAAGCCAAAGCCAAAUCCAAAUCCAAAUUUUUGUUUCGCUUCCGGUCACAUAAGGCAGAUAUCCCAUUGUCACAAGAAUUAGAAACUGUUGAUAAUAGAACAACAGAAAAUUCAAUGGUUGAGCUUCUAGAAAAUUUUCAGGGAGAAAAGAUGGAACAGUCCGAGAUUUUUGACAUGCCAGCUGAAGUGGCACCUGGACAUGAGUUACCUGAGCAUUCAAUGGCCGAGCUCCUGGACAACUAUCAGGAAAAGACUGGUCUUCCACUGGAAAAUUCUAAAAUGUAUACAAGAAUGAAAGGGCGAAGCGAGCAGCCGAUCGAUGAGAGAAAUAUAUCUCCGUCGGGUAAGAGAAAUAUGGACAAGGAAGACCCUCCCGAGGCAUUGGACAGCGGAUCAUCAAGUGAUGAUGAAGUUUCUCCUUGUGCUAAUGUUCAAAAUUUGGGGCUUAUCAUCCCUGAAUCCAAACAGAAGACUAUGACUGAUAAAUUUCAAGAAGCUUUUGGUUCUGCUGCUAUAAAUGAUGAGGGGCCCCAUUUUGCAUUGCAUGACAUUGGAAUAUUUGCAAAGUUGCAGCGGGUAAUGCAGAGUGAAAAGAAAAGAGAGUUGGAUUUCUUAAAAAAGUUACAGACUGGAACUAGUUCAAACGAUGAAGCGCGCUGCAUUGAUGUGGAAAUUCUAUCAAGGUGCCUGGAAGCAAAGCUGACAGUUUGUUGCUGCUCUCUCAGCAGAGACAAAGAGAGUUCCAAAUGGGCAGAGACCCCCCAAAUGGCAAAGGAAAAUAGAGGGAGGACCUUGAUGAUCAUUUUUAGUUCAAGGGUGUGUGAUGAUGUCGAGCUUGAAGUUGGGAACUUGAUACGCAUUCACUCUCCAUGGAAGCAAGUUCAAGUCGGGGGAAAAGACGAGGCCAUCAUUUUGUCUGCAUAUUUCUCCCAGAUUUCAUCUUGAGCGAUUUGGUUUUACGUCUUGGAAAGGUUUGAGAUUCUAUGUUCUGUUUGAGCUGACUUUUAAGGGGUGUGAUAAAUGAUGUAUGCAUAUAUGUGUUCUCCCCAUUGUACUGCUAAGUUGAUAUAAUCUCUUUUUGGAGGGGGGGUUGGGGGAAUUUGUUUUAAGAAUUUUGGAUAGUGGGCAGAGAUAUGCCAAGAGGUAAUGAAUUUGUUCAUUUUAGUCAA